GCAUAUAUUUAGCUAAGAAUUAUGGCAAAUUGGCAGCCAGACAACAACAGUUUGAUUCAAGUUAUUCAGCUCUUGAAAGAAUCACAAUUUCCCUGUAAUGAAACACAGCGCGCUAUCCAGCAGAAAUUGGAAUCAUUAAAUCAGUACCACGAUUUUAACAACUACCUUAUCUACGUUUUAUCAAAACUUACUACAGAAGAUGAACCUACUAGGUCGCUGGCCGGCCUUAUUUUGAAGAAUAAUCUUAAAGUUUUCUACCACAACUUUCCACCUGAAGUAAAAUCGUUCAUAAAGCAGCAAUGUUUAGCCUGUAUAGGUGACCCUUCCUCAUUGAUAAGAGCAACGGUUGGUAUACUGUGUACUACCAUAGUAACGAAAGGAAGUUUGGAAGAUUGGCCGGGCCUACUCGAGCAUCUCUGCACAAUGAUUGGGAGCCAAACCCUAACUGAGUGCGAGGGAGCAUUCGGAGCAUUUCAGAAGAUCUGUGAAGAUUCCUCAGACCAACUGGAAACUCUUCCCGGUGCUAACGGAACCAAAGCCCUGGACACGUUAAUACCUCUCUUCAUGCAAUACUUUAAGCAUUCCUCCAGUAAAAUCAGAUCCUGUGCACUGGCGUGUAUCAACCAGUUCAUUAUCAACCUCCCUCCGGCCCUACUGGAAAACCUUGGCAACUUUGUACAGGGGCUGACGUUGCUAGCCUCGGACGAUGAUCCUGAAGUGCGGAAGAACGUAUGUCGGGCGUUGGUUAUGUUGCUGGAGGUCAGGGUGGACCACCUCGCUCCUCAUAUGAACGAUAUUAUUGAGUACAUGCUGAUAAGGACUCAGGAUCCUGAUGAGAAUGUAGCGUUGGAAGCUUGUGAGUUUUGGUUGGCCUACGCUGAGUUACCUACAGAAGUGUUAUCUAUGUUAUCUCCUUACAUGGGAAGGCUGGUUCCAAUACUUAUACAGGGUAUGAAGUACUCUGAGAUUGAUAUCAUCCUACUCAAGGGAGAUGUGGAUGACGAUGAGAUGAUUCCAGAUAACGAGCAAGACAUUAAGCCUCGGUUCCACAAGUCUCGAACCCACCAACAAGAUGCCAACGGGGAAAAGAAUGGAGAAGGCGGUGAAGCUGAGGAUGAGGAUGAAGACGUGGACGACGAGGCGUUUGCUGAUUGGAACCUCAGGAAGUGUAGUGCUGCUGCGCUUGAUGCUCUAAGCAACGUGUACAAGGAAGAUAUCCUGGGGCCUUUACUCCCAAUCUUAAUGGAGACCCUGUCUAGCGCGGAGUGGGAGGUUAAAGAACUUGGAAUCCUGGCGCUGGGAGCAGUGGCUGAAGGGUGUAUGAACGGUAUAAUUCCUCACCUACCUCAACUUGUACCCUUCCUUAUCACCGCUCUGUCAGAUAAAAAGACAUUAGUGAGGUCGAUAACCUGCUGGACGUUGUCAAGAUACGCUCACUGGAUUGUAAAUCAGCCUGGAGAUCUUUACCUAAAGUCUCUGGUUGAGGAGCUGUUAAAGCGAAUGCUCGACACGAACAAGCGAGUACAAGAAGCAGCCUGCAGCGCGUUCGCUACACUUGAAGAGGAGGCAUGUACAGAGCUACUGCCUUAUCUCCAGUUCAUCCUAACUACCUUCCUGGAGGCCUUCAAGAAGUACCAGCACAAGUCAUUGCUGAUAUUGUACGAUGCUAUUGGAACUUUAGCUGACAGCGUUGGAUAUCAUCUCAAUAAUACGGAGUACAUUGAAAUCCUGAUGCCACCUCUGAUAGCAAAGUGGAACAGUUUGAAAGAUGACGACAAAGAUUUGUUCCCUCUCUUGGAGUGUUUAUCUUCAGUGGCCACCGCUCUCCAGACUGGAUUCGUUCCGUACGCUGAGCCGGUUUACCAGAGGUGCUUGUUGCUGAUUGAGAGAACUCUUACUGCUUCCGUGCUGGCAGCAACUCAGCCCGACCAGUAUGAGAAGCCAGAUAAAGACUUUAUGAUAGUAGCGUUGGAUCUACUGAGUGGAAUGGCUGAAGGAAUGGAGGGGCAUAUCGAGGCGCUUGUUAAAAAUAGCAAUAUCUUACCUCUACUCUUCCAAUGCAUGCAGGAUGACAUGUCUGAAGUUAGACAAAGUUCCUUUGCUUUACUAGGUGAUCUCACCAAAGCUUGCUUCCAACACGUUAAACCGUACAUAAACGAGCUCAUACCAGUUCUUGUAAAUAACCUUCAGCCUUGCUACAUUUCAGUGUGUAACAACGCAACAUGGGCCAUUGGAGAGAUCAGCAUUCAAUUGGGACCCGAAAUGAAACCAUUUGCUAGUGUUAUCUUAAACCAACUUAUCGUCAUCAUCAACAGAGAGAACACUCCUAAGACUUUACUUGAGAAUACCGCUAUCACGAUAGGCCGGCUAGGACUGGUAUGUUCAGAUGACAUAGCUCCAUAUCUGAACCGCUUUAUCAGACUGUGGUGCGCUAGUUUGAGGAAUAUCAGAGAUAACGAGGAGAAAGACUCUGCCUUCAGAGGGGUUUGUGCGAUGAUUAGCAGGAAUCCCAGUGGUAUAAUCCAGGACUUCAUCUACUUUUGUGAUGCGGUAGCUAGUUGGGUUUCUCCCAAGGAGGACCUCAAACUAAUGUUCAAACAGAUUCUAGACGGUUUCAAGACUCAAUUAGGAGAAGAAAACUGGACGAAAAUCACUGAACCAUUCCCUGACAUGUUGAGAAAAAGACUGGCUCAAGUGUACGGAGUGUAAAGCAAACUGGAAGCCGAUCCGAGUUUGGACCUCUAUUAUUACCUGCUGACCUUUAACCUCGUGCCUCCUAGCGGUGGCAUGUAGUGCGUCACGUGAUUUGAUAUCAUAUCACGUGACGCUAUUAUAUGCUGUUACAUUACGCUCAAGUGACUGUAUAAUCUACAUGUUUGUCUUAUUGAAUGUUGUCUUGUACCCGGUUUCCUUAUAUAGUACAUGGUCUAUAAUUCUCACCUGAUCGUACAGGUUCAUAUUAUAUGAAAGAGGGAUCUACUAUCUCUAGAAUGUUUCUAGUUCAAAUAUUUCAAAUUUUAUUCCUCACGUACAACACUGAUAUCUUAGGAAAUAUUUAAAUGAAUUAGAUAACUUCCUUUUUUUAUUUGAACUAGAAACGUAACAGUGGAUUGGUAUUAAAUUGGUGUUAUUUGAUUUAAAUGGGCAUGAUGAAAUUAUGAUAAAUAUUAUAUAUGUCAUGAGCUAUUGAUUAUAUUUAAUUUUUUGAUAAAACCACGGUGCUGCGUGAUUACUAAUAAUACAGCUGUCUAUGCGAUGUAUGCUAUCGAAUGUUGUUUAAAGCUGGCGUUCAGCCGAAUCUCGAACAUUCCGUCUUCUGGGAACUUCUUCUGGAAACUUGCCAAGAGACGUGAAUCAGGUUCUGAAACGGGUACCGUCAUUUUUGGACCAGAUAUUUGGAAACGUGAGCUAGGCUGGAUAACAGCAACUAUUUUUUAUUUUUCCUUAAGUCUUUUUGUUAUUUUUUUUCGAUUUUUUGUUUUUUAUUUAAUGUUUUGUAUUAUAGAUAAUUUUUUAACAUUUUUUUUUCUGUUUACCCGUAUUUUGAGGGAGUCGGGACUCAAAACAGGCAGUUCCCUGAUUGCUACUUAAUUUUCCUGAGUUAUCAAAUUAAAUAACUUUAUUUUCCUGAGUUAUUUGAUAUCGACCUAGUUUCAAAUCUGUUGUGCUGCUUUCGACCUUGUUAUGCGCCAGUUCGGUAUUAGUAUUGGUGAGUGGAAUCUUUAGAGUCUAACUGUCUUACUAACAUUUUUGUUUUCCAGGAACUGCCUUGACUUAACACAUUAAAACUUAAAUUAUUUGUUAUAUACUUCGAGCCACAUUUUUUUGUGUCGCUUCUAACUGAGAACAAGCUCCGUAUUUCUUAUUCCUCAGUCCAAGUCUCCUGAUAAACUAUAUCGAUUAUGUAAUUAAUUAAUUACAUUUAUGUAAUUAAUUAACUAAUCAUACUGUUAUCUUGAGUGCUGAUUUAUCUCAGUCAUAUAGUGAUGCUCCAACUUUUUCCAUAAAAGUAUGAUCACUGACAAGAGGCUUGUUUGAGGUCGGGCGAUUUAUUUUUUCAGAGUAAUUAUAUAAUUAUAUAAGUAGACUUUUUUUGAGUCUGAUAUUCUUAAGAUAUAAGGCAAUGUUAUGAAUAUUAUGUUGAACAAAGUGCUGCAGUUAUUUUUCCGUUGAUAAAAUGUUUGGUAAAACAUGGACGGCACGCUCUCCAGGAAUUUUCAGUACUUCAAAAUUUAAAAAAUGUGAUGAAUGAGAGAAACCUUUUUCUUACUAUCACAAACGUCAAACAAGUAAACCAACAUUGGUUUAUCAAUGUUGGCUACAGAUUAAUUCCAGUAACUGUCAGGUGGUAUUGGAUUUAUUAUUUUAAACUGCAGUGCUUUUAGCUUAUUGAUAUAAUAUAUGAUAUUUAUUCGAAUAUUUUUGAUUAAGUUAAGGAUUUCUUAGAUAGGGAACCGUUUUUGAUGUAUUUUUUAUAGAUUAAGGCUAUUUUCUAGGAUAAAUGCUUUUAUGUUUAACGAAAUCUUUUCUUUUUAUUUAGUAUUUUUGGCUUGACAGUAUUAAUAAGUAUUCAUUCUGCUUUUAAGUAUUAAGAAGUCUCUUUGAAUUUUCAAAGAGUUGAUUUAUGCUUAUAUUUAACUAGUCCCGUGGAAAAUAAAAAGGAAAUUACCUUUUCGACAUUUUUCAGUAACCUGUGUGAUCUUUUUUGAAAACGCUUUAAAUUUGGGAUUAUAUCUAUGCUUAAGGAGGUUGACGGCUUUGUUUUGAUUAGUUUUGCAUCUAUUUAGAUUGAUCUGCGUAUGAAAAUGUGUCCCGUGAAAUUCUGCAAUGGAUGCAUGCGUAAGCUACAAUAUUUAUGUGAGAUUUGUGAAGCAUAUUGAUAUUGGGCUGAUAAAGCCCAAAACUCAAGAUUACAUAUUAUUGUUAUCAAGCUAUUUUUAAAUAUAAUACAAUAUAUAUCCGUUAAUUACGUUACACUCUAGGUAAUAUAUCACAUUAUCGAUAUGAUCUGAAGGUGAUGAAUUUAGUAAUAGUGAUAGUGGAUAUCAAGCAGUUCUUCCAAUCUGUUAAAUCGAAAUUACUUGUAUGAUCCCGCAAUGCGAAUGUUGAUUGUUGCUAGCAAAAGUUAUAUUG